AUGGAGCAGCAGAUCGAUCGGAUCUAUGGACUCUUGGCCACUCUGCAAGAGGGGAUGAGUGUAGUGAGGCCGAUGGUGGAGGCAGAACAUCAAAAACUCUUAGCGAUUAGUAAAUCUUCUUCUGUGUUUGUAAAUCUGAGUUCAACGAACUUGGACGAUAUCGCCGUGAUAAACGCAGAAAACACUACAACACAGAUGCAACUACAGAAAAUGCAAAGAGAUCUCGAACUGAAAGAAAACGAGGUGGCUAUUUUAAAGGACGAGCGUCAGAAUUAUCUGAUUGAGCGCGAUCAGUUGAACGAUAUACUUCAAAUCCUCUCGGAAGACUAUGCUUCACUCGAGAACGAGAUCCGAAACAAGGAACAGUUACAGGAGCAGAUAUACCACUUAAACGAGAUCAUCCUAGAGCGCAAUAACGUGAUAUCGCAGCUUCAGAUCGAGAACUCGCGGAUCCGAGCCGAAAACAGCGAGUUGCUGAAAGAAAUCGCGGAAGCCAUUCAAGUCGACGAGGACAACACCAUCGAUGACUCUAGUUGA